AUGAAAUUGACAUUGUUUCUCCUUGCGGUUGUAGCUGCUUGCUGCGUGUCCGCAGCUCCGCAGUCAGAUGUGAAACCGACUGCACGUUACAUCACCUUCAUAGAUGAAGCUGGCGUAGAGCAAACUGUUGACACAGAGGAAGAACCUGAUGAGGACUUUCUAGAGGAACUAGACAAAAAUGAUAUGAAUCGAUACUUCCUUUUCACAAGGAAUAACCCAACAACAAGCCAAGAACUUAUCAACGGCGAUGCUGGCACCAUCAGCCAGUCCAACUUCAAUCACAAUCAUAUCACUGUAUUCGUAGUUCAUGGAUGGAUUAGCAACCAAGAAUCUGGCUUAAAUCCAGCCAUCAGAGAUGCAUUCCUCAGUGUGGGCAAUUACAACGUAAUCGUUCUUGACUGGGGUCGUCUUGCCAGACGUAACUACGUUACUGCUGCUCGUGGAGUGCCGCUGACUGGACGAAGAUUAGGAUACUUCUUGAACUUCCUUAACUCCAGAACUGGCGUGCCUUUCAGCAGAAUGCAUUUGGUUGGCUUCAGCUUAGGAGCUCAUCUUGUCGGUAACGCCGGAAGAGAAGUCGGAGGAAGGGUUGCUCGCAUUAGUGCGUUGGACCCCGCUGGGCCGCUAUGGAAUUUGAACUCCAAUAGAAUCAGAUCGAGUGAUGCAGUCUACGUCGAGGGCAUGCAUACCGACGGCGGCUUGAUGUUAAGUCUCGGCAUCGGGUCUGCCAUCGGCGAUGUUGAUUUCUUCCCCAACGGCGGAAGCAACCAACCCGGAUGUUUAACUACGAGUAUCUGCUCCCAUAACCGCGCCUGGAGGCUGUUUGCUGCUACAGUGUCACACAAUCAUUUGGAAGGCCGACAAUGCUCCAGUUCGACGCAAAUCACUCUGAACACUUGCCGCGGUGGCGCGCUUAAGAUGGGCAAUGCUGAUAUGUUUAAAGCAGGAUCCGGCCGAUACCGUGCAAAUACUGGAAGACGCUAUCCUUAUUAA